AUGCCCGUGCAGUGUUUCAACCAGCAAGAGAAGCGUUGGAGCGAGGGCAUCGUAACUCGGAGAUAUCAGCACGGGAGAACCAUCGUUUUCGACGUGGAGAGCAAGGGCCACAUUCUUCGCAUGCUGCCGGCGGGUCGGCUACGGCUCAGUCGCUUUGCUGUGGGAGACACCGUGGAGUACUGGUCAGCGACCUCCAAGUCCUGGGUCCAAGCCAAGGUGAAUCGGACAGCUGCCUCCCAUCAUUCUGCAGGGCUAGGGGUUGGAGAGAUGGGAUAUCUACACACGAGCUUACACUAUACAUGUAAAUUAACAGUAACACAUGUUCUCCGCAUUUUUUUAGGGAAAAUUUGCCAAGCAAGUCUGAGACCAUCCCCUUUCAGAUCAUGUACUGUAUGGAUAUGCCAUGAUAUGUCCACAACUUGGGUACUGUAG